CAGUGAACAGCUGAGUGUUGACCGCGCAGCAGCUCUGCAGCCUGAAGUUUGAUCAAACACCGCUUUUAUAACCGUACAGAGGAAGAGGAGGAGGAAGAGGAGCACAGCUGUGUGUGUGUGUACGCGCGCGUGUGUGUGUCUGCAGCAACAUGUCUGAGUAUGACACCUUCCAGCUCGGCAGGUCCCGAUACGACCAGAACACGUUUUUCGGUCGGUUCAGGCACUUCCUGGAUGUGAUUGACCCCAGGACGCUCUUCGUCACCGAGAGACGUCUGCAGGAGUCUGUGGAGCUGCUCCACCGCUUCAGACAGGGAACUCUGCCUCCAGGUGUGACGGAAGCUCAGCUCUGGCAGGCUCAGAAAAUAAAACAGGCCAUCAUCCACCCUGACACGGGGGAGAAGAUCCUCAUGCCCUUUCGGAUGUCAGGUUUCAUCCCGUUCGGCACACCAGUGGUCGUUGGUCUCCUUCUCCCAAAUCAAACGUUGGUGUCAACAGUCUUCUGGCAGUGGUUAAACCAGAGUCACAAUGCCUGUGUGAACUACUGCAACCGCAACGCCUCCAAGCCAGCUGCAGCCUCCAAAUUCAUCCAGGGAUACCUCGGAGCAGUGACCAGCGCGGUCUCCAUUGCUGUCGGGUUGAACGUGUUAAUCCAGAGAGCGAGCAGCUUCAGCCCAACGACAAGGCUCCUGGUGCAGAGGUUCAUCCCCUUCCCAGCAGUGGCGAGUGCAAACGUCUGCAACGUGGUGCUCAUGAGACACUCGGAGCUGUCGGAGGGCAUCAGCGUCCUCGACGACAACGGGAAUGUGGUGGGAACAUCAAAAGUGGCUGCCAGGCAUGCACUUUUAGAGACAGCUCUGACCAGAGUGGUGCUGCCCAUGCCGAUCCUGAUGCUCCCGCCCAUGAUCAUGGCUGUUCUGGAAAAGCUUCCUCUGCUGCAGCGACGGCGGAGACUCGUCCUGCCCGUCCACAGUCUGGUGUGCCUCGCUGCCUUCAGCCUGGCUCUGCCUCUCGCCAUCAGUCUCUUCCCACAGAUGUCACAGAUCAGCGUGAAUCAACUUGAGCCUGAGAUCACCAUGGCAACAGAUUGUAAGAUUGUGACAUACAAUAAAGGCCUGUGAGUGAACUCCGCUGCCCGACAGACGCCGCUCGUCGUGGGUUAAACCUGCCGACGCUGCCAGAGAGUGACUGAUGGUAAAUUUGGCUGUGAGAAGUUCACAAACGUUUACAGAGACAAGGCUGUUUAUAUUGUUGUUUACACCAACACGGUGACUGUGAGAUAAGCACUAACACGUGAAGACAUAUUGUGAUAUAGGAAAACAUACAUGAUGACACCUCAGGAAGCAUCAUCACUGUUGUAACAUGAACACUAACCAAAGACAUGGUCUGAAAUAUCUGAGCCAGCUGCUCCGUCUGUGCCGCAGAGACGCAUCGCUGAGUGAGCUUCACUGGUGUCUGUCUUUUUAACAUUGAACAUUAACUUCAAUAUUAACAAACAUGCUCAGGAAUAGGAGAGUGACGACAGGAGCAUGCUUGUAGUCAUGUCUGAAUUAUAAACACUGUGAAUGAAAUCAGGAUUAACUAAUAAAAAUAAAAAUGUAUUUUUAUGAA